AUGGUUCUUAGAGCUAACCUGUCUCUGUGUGUUGCAGGUUCUGAGUCUUGCAGCAGUGUGGGCUCCUCGUCCAGCUCUCUGUCCCGCCCUCUCCCCCCCGCCCCCCCCUCCUCCCGCCCGGCCCUCCCCCUCACCCCUGCCCCCCCUCACCACGAGCUGAUCAAAGCCGCCCCGUCUCCGUCCGUCUGUGAAACCCCAAACUACUACAUCGUUCCACUGGAGGCGUCUGGGAUCCCGGCGGGCAGCGUCCUGGUCAACGCACACACCGGGAAGCCGUUCUUUCAUCCCGACGGCAGCGCGGUGGUCUAUAACCCGACUACAAUCACAGCUAACGUCGGAAGGAGCGCUCCGCAGAAGAAUCCUCAACAGCCAAUCCAAAGCACGGGCCAAACGCAGCCGACCAAUCACCUGCACUCUCAGUCCUCUCUGUGA